GCAACGCAAUAGUCAGACUGCAUAGCCACCGAUUCCGAAGAAGACGUAAAUCGUGUGGAGAAUAGAAAAAUCAAUAAUGAUUUGGCUAAAAAUAAUCGAGGGUGUACUAUUUGGUUCAUUCAUAGCAACACUGAUUUUCGCUGCUCCCACAACGCGGGAACUUCAAAACGACACUAACAACGAUACUAAUUAUCCCAGAAUCGUCAGUCGGGAGGAAUGGAAAGCUCGUGUUGUCAAUGACCACGUGCCACUUGCUAGCUCGCCAACUCCUUACGUCGUUGUCCAUCACGGCGGAAUUCCUCAUUACUGUUACGAUCAAGAAACUUGUUCCUCUAUAGUAAGAGCUUAUCAGGAUUUGCAUAUGGAUGUCAAUGGAUGGAUCGAUGUCGGUUAUCAAUUUUUAAUUGCCGAAGAUGGUAACGUUUACGAAGGACGCGGAUGGGAUUUUGUAGGUGCUCAUGCUCCUGGUUACAAUACACAGAGCAUUGGAAUUUGCAUUAUCGGGGAUUUUACAAAAUUCCUGCCAAACACCUUGGCUCUUGACGCUCUGAAGUCGCUUAUACGAUAUGGGGUGUUCAUUGGCAAAAUUCAAGAUGAUUAUAAAUUAAUUGGUCAUCGACAGGCUGUCAAUUACACUGUGUGUCCUGGUGAAAUGUUUUACGAAUAUGUUUCGUCUAUGCCGCAUUGGACUUCUAGUCCAGUUCCCACGCCCUACCAUGGUACCAGACGAAAGGUCGACAACAUUACUGGGAAUUCACUUUGGACCGAUUUGCUGAAGCUUGGCGAACGCAAAAGAAUCGAAGACAGUGUAUCGACGGAAAAUAGACAAGCUGAAAAUGUAGUGGAGGCGAACAGUAGUGUCGAAGUUACGAAAAUUGAACUAUUAAAUGUGACCGUCCGGCAAAUGUUUAGUUCACGUUUUGAAGUAACAAUGCAAGGAUUAAUCGUGAUCACAGUUUUAUCCAUCGCGCUUGGAUCCGCACAAAGUGCCAAAUUGCGAAACACUGUUUACGAUGAACCUACCAUAAUUAAAAGGUCAGAAUGGGGUGCCAGGGAGCCCAGUGAACGUAUCGGUAAUCUUGCACAAAAUCCAGUUCCGUACGUUGUCAUUCAUCAUUCUGCAUCCGAUGUCUGCACGUCUCAAGCUAUUUGCCAAUCGCGCGUACGCUCGUUCCAGAACUAUCACAUGGAUACUAAGCAUUGGGGCGACAUAGGUUACAAUUUUUUGGUUGGCGAGGACGGAAAUAUUUACGAAGGUCGAGGAUGGAACAAACGCGGUGCGCACGCGGUCGACUACAAUUCUAAGAGCGUUGGAAUUUGCUUCAUCGGUAAUUACAAGAAUCGUCAACCAAGUAAUGCGGCCGUUAAAGCAGCCAAGAAUUUAAUAGAUCAUGGAGUCUCGCAAGGUUACAUAAGUCAAACUUACAAAUUAAUUGGACAUAAACAAGCAGCCUCAACCGAGUGUCCCGGAACUCAACUUUAUGAAAUAAUCAAAACGUGGCCGAACUGGACAAAAAAUCCAUAAGUGAUAUCCAUUACUAUUGUACGAUAUCAACGAAACAACGAUAAACACAUCUACUGAUCUUCUCGAACAAAUAUAAUAUCUAUACAAUUUUAAUAAGAAAACCAAAAAUUAAAUUUUAUAUUUUUACUUAAAA